CCAGCCCAAGGUUUCCCCGCAGGUGAGCAGGGCGCUGGCAGCCUGUUCCCCCUCUUCCUGUUGGACCGAGGCCUCUCCCCCCGAGAGCUGGGGCUAUGGAAUGGAGUGGGGGCUGCGGCCUGCUCCGUCGCAGGCUCGGCCCUGGGCGGGGCCCUGCUGGCCAGGCACUGGCAGCCGCUGCCCCUGCUGAGGGCGGCGCUUGGGUGCCGCCUUGGGGGCUUGGCCGGCCAGACAGCCCUGCUCCUCCACCUGGACACACCUGGGGCCAGUCCGGGCCCUGGCACAGUCCCCAGAGGGGCGGCCCUGCUGAGCCUGUGCCUGCAGCACUUCCUGGGGGGCCUGGUCACCACGCUGGCGUUCACCCUGAUGAUGCGCUGCAGCCGGCUGGCGCCCGGUGCCCUUCAGGCCACACAUUACAGCCUCUUGGCCACACUGGAGCUGCUGGGCAAGCUGCUGCUGGGCGCCCUGGCGGGCGCGCUGGCCGACGGCCUGGGCACGCGCUGCUGCUUCUUCGCCUUCGUGGCCCUCACGGCUGUGCCGCUGCUGCACCUGCGCCUCGCGCCGGGGGCCCCGGGCUGAGCGUCAGCGGGCCCGCGGCUCCCGGGACUGGACUGGCCAGCAGGGGCAUUAAACGUUACGUCAGCGUGAA